ACUUGUCGCCACCUGCUGACUAUCUCAGUUAAUGCAGUUCCCCGUCUAUUUAUAACAGGCACUAAACUUGUAUUGGGGCAACAAUUUCUUGCGAAAGGACAUUGGAGGUGUCUGUAAAACACGCCAUGAAGUAGUCGAAAGCAAAUUACAUUAUCCACAACAGAAAAUGUACUAUAUUUUGUAUAGUAACUUACCUGAGUUCACAUGAAAACAUUCUGAAUUCACAGCGGUUACAAGUUCAAGACCUCAGUGGGUUGCUUGAGAUUCUGCUCCAGCUUUGGGUGUCAUGUCCAGGGACACAUUUACCUUCAACUCAGCCGCCUUGCAUUCUCUGAAAGUGGAUCAGGAGCUCCAGGAGUGGGAGGAUAAGCGGCAGGCAUUGGCUCACAGGAGGGCCAUGAGCCGGCCACCUGUGUCCCGGGCCUCCAGACCCCCUCCCAGACAGCAGCGGGGCCUCCAGGAGAUCCGGGUCUAUGAGGCCCGAUGCAGAGACACCACAAUCCACAACACAUUCAUGUGUGGGGACAUGAAGGGAGUGCACACUGUGUUAAAGGACCCCUGCAUGGUCAACGCACUGAUGGAAACAGUACAUGAGGAGAUGGUGUGGGCUCCAGAGCUGGGGAUGUGGACCAUGAGCUCCAAGAUCAAGCAGACAUCUGCAUUGCGUCUGGCAGCCAGCAAGGGACACUCAGGCUGUGUGGAGGAGCUGCUGUUUCGAGGGGCGGAGGUGGAUGCUGACCCUGGUGGCAGCACAGCCCUGCAUGAUGCCUGUAUAGGUGGCCAUGACAGCUGUGUCCAGCUGCUGCUAUCCCACGGAGCAGACCCUGACCUGCUGGCAGAAGACGGCAGUGCACCCCUUCACCUCUGCAACACAGCCCAGACAUUUCAGUGUGCUGAGCUGCUGGUUACGGGUGGGGCAGAGGUCAAUGUGUUGACCAGUGAAACAAAGCUAAUGCCCCUCCAUGUGGUGGCUCGUCGGGGUCUGGAGGAGCAUGUGAAGCUCUUUCUGUCCCAUGGAGCUGAUGUGUCAGCCAGGAACCGUGAGGGGGAGACCCCCCUCAAUGCAGCCUGUGGUGGGGCUGAGAGGCCUGCCGAGGCUGGGCGGUACCUCCGCGUGGUCCAGAUGCUGCUGGGAGCUGGGGCUGACCCCUGCACUGCAGGCAGGAAACACCACACACCUCUACACAACGCCUGUAGUAACUGCAGCCCACGCAUUGCAGAAAUUUUACUACAACAUGGAGCCAAAGCAGAUGUGCAGAACUGUGCUGGAUACACACCCAUGGACUGUCUGUUACAGGUGGUGGAGGACUAUCCAGACCAGCAUCCUGAGGCUGUAGCACGCUCCCUCCUAAACCACGGGGCCAAGGCCGGUAAAAGCUUGAUGCUGAAACUCUGCCUCCUCUCCCCUGCCACUCUGGAGGUAAUGCUGAACUGCUAUGCUGUUGUCCCUUCCUGUGAGGAAUGGAUGCAGUCUAUCCCUCUUGAGAUACAUGAGACGCACCAGGGUUUCUUUGACUCUGUGAGGCAGAUGACUAGCCAGCCCCGCUCCCUGCAGCACCUGUGCCGCUGUGCUCUGCGCCGCCACUUAGGAAAAGGUAUCGACGCAGCUAUCAGUAGAUUGGACAUCCCCAGCUCUCUGAUGGAGUAUCUACUACUUCGGAAUGACGGGGAGAUCCGGUGAAUAAAGUGGAACACAUGGGACAGAAGCCAAGAGAGAGAAGGAUUUGCAUUUACAAUAACUAAAAGAAUGGUUGCAAUAAUUUGUGUUUUCUGUAUUAAUAAAUCAACUUUCAAUUUUG